UACUACAUUGAAAAAACUAUUAAUAAAACAGAAGAAUAAGUGACAAUUAACAAUGUCAAAAUUGUCAGUUGAAAGGCUAAUGGCAGACGAGAUGUUUUGCAAAGCCUUUCUUCAACGUGCGAGUGUAAAAAUAAAACCACAACAACCGCACUAACGUCGAGUGAACCAAAAGAUAGACUCGUUUAACCGAAAUAAUAGACUACGAAUUCCUCAUUCUACGUAAAUCAUUUCAAUCGGCUUUAACAAAAACAGUGAUAAUGACGUCUGUCAGAUCAGGUGAAAACGAAUGUGAUUUAUGACAUGUGUACGACUUCAAACAAUGUGUAAUUUAAUAAACCCUUAAAUACCGUGUACAUUGUUACUGCAACAGUGCGAGUUAUGGGCGCCAAACCGAGCACCGCGAACGGAACCCAGAGCCCUCGAACGAGAGCCUUUUCAACAAGUAGCAGCAGCGAAGUGGUUGCUGCUCCCGGUUUUCGCUUCAUGCGAGCCCUAGGUAGCGAAUUGUCUAAUGACAGGCAACGAGCGCGAUCCUUAUCCAGCGUGCCGGAUCUACACGCUAGUCAUGAAACUCUAUCGAUGCCUACGACGGGUGCCAGUUUCGAUGUAUCGACCGGUGCCAGUCCGGAAACCGACAGCAGUUCGGCCGAAGAGGCCAGCAGUGUCUUAGGCUCGGCGGCUGCUAAUAUAGCCUUAGGUAGAGUUUACGCCGCUCAUUCUCUACCUUCGCACAUUUGGUCCUUUAAUGGUAUUAAAUGUCCAGUAUGCAGCAAAUUUGUGAUCCCUGACGAUAUAGAAUGUCAUUUGGUUAUGUGCCUAACUAAACCUCGGCUAUCUUACAACGAAGACGUACUGACUGACGACAAAGGAGAAUGUGUCAUAUGUUUAGAAGAUUUAAGUCAAGGUGAUGUAAUUGCUCGCCUUCCUUGCCUUUGUAUAUAUCAUAAGACGUGUAUAGAUCAAUGGUUCGAAAUAAACAGAUCGUGUCCCGAACAUCCUGGCGAUUAGCGGUCGAAUUAGAUGGGACGAAAUCGAUAUUAGAAAUUGUACAUAUGUAAAUAUUUUUUUUUAUUUGUAAGUGAUAUGAAAUUUAUUCGGCUCGGCUUUGUCGGAAAAAUUGUAUUUGUACUGAGAAAAGCGGAGAUGGUCGAACGAUUGUAGUAACAGCUCGAGAGGUGACAUUUUUUUUAUCGAUUGUGAUCGAUUUUAUGAAGACGCGUUUUUAGUACGCGUUUUUGUAAUGAUCUAGUCCAGGGAGAUUUCUCUUGAUGCUGUUUGGAUGAAAUAUAUUUUUGAUACUAUCCUAUGGUGCAGCUGUUUACUUCUAUAAUUUUACUUUGGUUUCGGAUAUGUGGUUUAAGUUUUAUACAAACAUUGUGUUAAUUUAGAUGCAUCGAUUGAUUAGUUUUGAUUUCUUGUGGAAAACGUUUAGGAUUUAAGUCCAUCACAUUUUUUAUAGACUGAAUUUGUGUAAUUGAAGUUUCAAUUCCGUUGAUUCCCGUUUCGUUACGUUAUAGGAGGUGGGUACAAGUAGGAAUUGAAGCAAUCUUAAUUAUUAAAGAGAUGUUAAUAACUAAAAGAAAUAUUGUAUAAUGUAAUUUUUGUAUGGAAAGCAACUAGCAUAGUUAAAUUUAAUCUGUAAAAAGUACGGGAAUAUAAGUGAAUGAAAUUGCUCAAGCCAGCAAACGUGGAAAAAUUGAACACAAUGACUUAUAAUCUUGGUACUUAACCGAUUAGAUAUGAAAUUUUUUUCUUAACUCCUAAAUGAUGUAAACCGAAAAUAAGAAUUAUGAUUUUUUUUAUACUUACACGACCAGCACACCACAAAAUUCUAUUGGAACUAAAGAACAAUAUUCUAAAAACAUUUAAUGUGUUUUCACCAUCCAUUUUCUUCGAAGAAUUAUUUUAAUUCAUUCUCUUUUUGCCUGAAACAAUACCAAAUUUUCGU